AUGCCUGAUUGUUUUUUACCAGAUUAUAAAAACACUCGGGUAAUAAUUGAUUGUACAGAAUUUCAUAUAGAAAUUGCUUCAAGUGUCGACAACCGUAUUUUCACUUACUCUCAAUAUAAAAAGAACUUUACGGCAAAAGUUCUUAUUGGUAUAACUCCUGGAGGUUUUAUAUCCUUGAGAUCCGAUGUAGCUGGAGGACAGAAAUCAGAUUCUCAGCUUACAAUAGAGUCAGGAUUGUUGGAUUUGUUGGAAGAUGGUGACUUGGUUUUAGCGGAUAAAGGUUUUCCAGCUAUUAAAACAGUGUUAGAUGCAAAUGGAAAAAAAGUGAAAAUGGUCAUGCCGCCUUUUCUGGAGAAAAACAAUGAAUUUACCAGUGAAGAAACUCAACAUACAUAUAAUAUUGCAAGAGUCAGAAUUCACAUUGAAAGAAUUAUGCAGCGGUUAAAAACCCAUCACGUCCUGAAUAAAAUUCCACAGCACUUGCUCCAUUGUAUCGACGACAUUAUGCACAUAUGUUGUGUAUUGGUGAAUUUACAGCCUCCAAUAAUUUCUGACAAAGCAGAUGCUGAAAAAUAA